UCAUUAAAUCGCAACGCGAGAGGAGCGCUCCUGCCUCUCAGGUAAUGUGUCUCACAUGAGGAGGACAGAGGACAGAGGAUAGAUGAUUAUGAGCUGAAGACAUCGUGCUGCUGCUGUUAUGGUUUGUGAGCAGUUGAGAGGGUGAGCGGCUGUGUGUCCUGGUGUUAGAUUAGAGUUAGACUUUAGUUAUCUGUUAUUAUCUAGUCUAUACAUAGAUAUAUAUUUAUAUAUAUAAUCUCCCGGUAUAGUUUCUGGGACAGUCCUGGAGUUUGGUGGUAGUAGCACAAUGACACUGUUUUAAUUGUGUGCUGGAGUAUAUAGAGAGACGUGCGGCAGAUAGGCUGCGUCUCAUGGACAGGACAUUCUAUACAGAGACAGACACCAGAAGAAGAAGAAGGACACGCAACAUGUUUGAAGCUGCAGGGAUCCCUCUCAUCGGGCUGGACAUAAUCUGUCUCAUCCUCGUUGGACUUCCAUUUUUUAUCCUCACCCCUCAACACAACCCGUUCAAACGGGGUUUCUUCUGCAGCGAUGAGUCCAUCAGAUACCCCCUCAAAGAGGACACCAUAUCCUACCAGCUGCUGGGAGGAGUCAUGAUCCCCUUCACACUGAUCGUGAUUGUCUGCGGCGAGAGCCUUUCUGUUUACUUGUCUCGCAUCCAGAACCAGUCUAUGGGGACCAAGUACGUGGCGUGUGUCUACAAGGCUGUGGGCAGCUAUGUGUUCGGAGCUGCUGCUAGCCAGUCUCUGACUGACAUAGCCAAGUACUCCAUCGGCCGUCUGCGGCCCAACUUCCUGGCUGUAUGCCAACCAGUCUGGGGUAGCAUCAACUGCAAAACUGGCGGAUACAUCGAGAACUUCACCUGCACUGGAGAGAAGUUUCUGGUAGAUGAGGCCAGACUGUCCUUCUACUCUGGUCAUUCAUCCUUCUCCAUGUACUGCAUGCUGUUCCUUGUACUGUACAUUCAAGCUAGACUGAGGUCAGAAUGGUCGAGGCUUCUCCGUCCCACCAUCCAGUUCUUCCUGAUUGCCACUGCUGUGUAUGUGGGUCUGUCCCGGGUGUCUGACUACAAACAUCACUGGAGUGAUGUGCUCACUGGCCUCCUGCAAGGAGGCUUAGUGGCUACUCUCACAGUGUUCUGUGUGUCCAAUUUCUUUGAACAGCCAGUGGACCCCGUAGUGUCACAGGAGGAAGACAGCUCACACACCAGUUUACAGGAACACCCUUCCAAUGGGAACCACUAUGGCAGCACUGAGUGAAUCCAAGGCCUCAAAGACUCUACUAUAGGGCCUUUAUCAAUGAACUGCAGGUGUUUUGUAUUAACUGCUGGCUGUUUCUGUGCGUUUCUUCAACUCAGUUUGCCCGGUGGAGUCGACGCCGCUGCCUUUAGCUGCUACCUUCGGUGUGGUCGGUAAACUUUGAUUAAAGGAAGAAAAGUGCACUACAGAAGACAGUUCUUGCACUUUACUGAGAUAUAAAGAAGCAGAACUUUCUGUGAGAGGUUUGGGGUAAAUCCAAGAAAAUACAGCAUGUUGGGUUUACCUUAGAAAAAGUUUUUUUUUACAGUGUGAGCUGAACUGGUGUAUAUUGGUCGGAUGUUGCCAUCAUGAAUGAAUGAAAUUCCUUUUGCCCAGAAUAUAAUGAGCGUCUGUGUGCGCACUGCAAGCAGGCUUGUAGAGAGAGCCUGGCACCUGUGAAUAAGAAAACCUGGACUGUCGACUUCAAAUGGAGACUGAACUCAGAAAUAAUAUAUUUGAUGUUGAUGUUUUUGCAGCCUGCUGUUAUUUCCCUUCCCUCAUGUUAUUCCAUGUAUGACAUUUCUUUUCUUUUUUUUUACAAUUUGUAUGAAGCUCUAUGUUUUUGUCGAUGCAGAAGCUUUAAACAGUAUUGUUUAGAGCAGUACUGGGAAAAGGUGUGUGACAAAUAAAGAGAGCUCUGUUUUGCUACUUUGUUACAAA